AUGAGCAAUGGCAGUAUUGUGUCAAACGACGCACCCGUUCAGGCGGUGUCCUUGGCCGAAGUCGAUCAAUUUACCAAAAGCAAGUCCAAUAUCACACGAAAGUCGCCCAUGCGAUUGAGGAUGGAGGCUCUGAUUCUCGAGCAUCAAAACCGCAUCGUCUUUGCUCUAGAGAACAUUGAUGGCAAUAAAUUCCGUCGAGACGAAUGGACACGGCCGCAUGGAGGUGGCGGCGUGUCCUGUGUCCUUCAGAACUCGAAUGUCUUUGAGAAAGCAGGUGUCAACACGAGCAUUGUAUAUGGUGAGCUACCACGGUCAGCUAUCGAAAAAAUGCGAGCAGACCACAAGUCACUUGUUGGAUCGGACGUGGAAAAACUCAACUUCUUCGCGGCGGGCAUUUCCCUGGUGCUCCACCCCCAUAAUCCCAUGGCACCCACCGUCCACCUCAAUUAUCGGUACUUCGAAACGUCCGAUCCGAGGGAUCCAGUCAACGCUACGGGCUCUGCGACUCAAAACUGGUGGUUUGGUGGGGGAACAGAUCUAACGCCUUGUUACUUAUUCGAGGAAGACGCUCAACAUUUCCAUAAGACGCUCAAGGCGGCCUGCGACAAACAUGACAAAGAAUACUAUCCCCGUUUCAAGCAAUGGUGUGAUAAGUAUUUCUACAUCCCACAUAGAAAGGAAUGUCGAGGGAUCGGCGGCAUCUUCUUCGAUGAUCUUGAUACUUCAGCACAGCCAAACUCCAAAAACCCCCAGGAGGAUCUCUUUCAAUUCGUUGUGAGCGGACUGGAGUCAUUUCUUCCUUCAUAUCUCCCCAUCGUCAAGAAGAGGAAAGACAUGCCGUAUUUACCCAAGCACAAAGAGUGGCAACAGAUCCGUCGGGGCAGGUAUGUCGAAUUCAAUUUAAUCGAGGAUCGAGGAACUAGUUUUGGCCUCCGGACACCCAGCGCCAGGGUAGAAAGCAUCCUGAUGAGUUUACCACUCACCGCUCGAUGGGAGUAUAUGCACCCCGUAUGCGGUACCGGUGUCGCAGAGGACGCCGAGGGUGAUGCCGACCCUGAUGUGGAAAAGGAAAAGGAAAUGAUGAAGGUGCUCAAAACCCCCAAAGAAUGGGUCUAA